CGUACUGUCGGGCGACAGCGUAUGCAUGCACUACGUAAAUCUUAUGAAAUACUGGGCAUUGAACCUUCGGCAGAAGUCAGCACUAGCCUAAAGACAAGGAAUGCCCAUCCUGUCAUUAAAAAAGAACCCAAAACAUUGGAAGAGAAGUUCAUAUUUGAACUGGAUAAAAAUUAUCUUAUGAAAGGUGUUCCUAAAGGCUUUGUGUGUUACAUUUGCAAUCGUCCUAAUAAUGUUACAAAGUGUAGUAAAUGCACCCUACAUUUGCAUCUUGUAUGUUUGGCCAAUGAUCCUGAAGAAGUAGUAAAAAUGCAGGAGCUAGUUGAUCAAAAAAAACUCUGUUGUGAAAAAUGUUCUACGACAUCUAUUGUCGAGAAAACUUGUUUCAUUUGCAACGAUGAAAUCCCUGAAAAGAGUAACGAACAAAUAUACCGUUGCGUGGUUGGUAAAUGCACACAGGCGUAUCACAUAUCUUGCUUGCAACUGUUUCCUCAAGUUCGUCAAGUUAGUGCAAGUACUAUCAUUUGUCCAUACCAUACAUGCCAUACAUGUGUAGCAAGUGAACCGCGGAGCACAGCUUCUAUGGUAAAAACAACACUAGCACACUGCCUUAAGUGUCCGACAUCAUAUCAUCCGUCCGGUAAUUGCAUUCCAGCCGGAUCGGUUCUACUAACAACAACGCAACUGAUCUGUCCUAAGCACACUCUUGAGCAAAUCCCUCUUAAUGUGAAUUGGUGUUUUAUAUGUGGCAAAGGAGGCAAUUUAAUUUGCUGCGAAACGUGUCCAUUAGCCUGCCAUCCGGUCUGUCUACAGUUCACGCCGCCAGACGAAAAAUAUUUCUGUGAAGGGUGCGAAUCUGGUAGACUACCACUUUACAACGAGAUCGUUAUCGCUAAGAUGGGAUCCUUCCGUUGGUGGCCAGCCUUAACGUUGCCGCCAUCCGAAAUACCGCAAAAUAUGUUGCAACUACGACAUAAACCUUCAGAUAUAUGUGUAAAAUUUUUCAACACACACGAUAUGUCUUGGCUAAACCGUAAACGAAUGUAUCUGUAUCAACGCGAGGACUCCGAAAGCCUUGACGGAUCACAAAGCGGAUCAUCUAUGGAUAAACGGUAUCGCUCUGCGAUGACAGAAGCAAGUAAAAUCUUCAAGAUACUGCAGACCAGAAAAAUGUUAGGACCAUCCGCAAGUUUAAGUUAUUCGAAAGCUGUCCCAGUAUAUAAAAAAAUUAAAACCAACAGGUACAUACCACCUUUAAAACCACCAUCGGUUAAUCGACAGUUGGAUGGCGUGGAAGACUCUGUGUGUCGUUGUCAGCCGAGUGAUGAUGAUCCUUGUGGUCCCACUUCUGCAUGCUUAAAUCGUGCAAUCAUGAUGGAGUGUAGCUCUAAGACUUGUCCUGCAAAAGAAAGCUGUUCAAAUCAACGGUUUACCAAGCGCAUAUAUCCCGCACUGGAGGUUCGCUUUUUUUUCGGAUAAAGGCUUCGGUUUGGUCGCUCUCGAAGA